AUGGAAGAGGGCAGGGCGGACAGACAACCAGCUGGGCAGGCGCAAGGUGGGUCUGGAGAUCGCCAGUGGGCUACGGCGUUCUUCUGGAGACCUGCUCAAGCCUGCACGGUCUCGCAUCGCCAGGAAGGACAAGCUGGCUUCGAAGUGGACACGGCUGUUGCUGUGAAAGCACCGGUCGAAAUUCCACAGAUUUUGGGCCCAAAAUCUACAGAAUCCGACGAAUUUGGAGCCGCUGCACAGAGUGGCAUCCGAUCCGCUUCGAUGCGCAUCGGCUAG